AUGGUCGUAAAGGCUGGAUUACACCCGAAAAAGGUCAUGCACUGUAUCUGGUGGGAUUGGAAAGAUAUUGUCCAUUAUGAGCUACUGCCACCCAACAAAACGAUUGAUUCGACCAAAUAUUACUCACAACUGACCAAAUUAAAGCAAGCAGUCCAUCAGAAGCAGCUCGAAUUGGCGAACAGAAAGGGUGUUGUGUUCCACCAGGACAACGCUAGACCACACGUUCCUCUGAUGAGCCGUUCCCUGAACGUCCUCAAAAAUCACUUGGAUGACUUCUUUGCCCAAAGAUCUCAGGACUUCUAUGAAAGAAGGAUAAUGAAGCUCGUGGAGAGAUGGCAGAAAGUCAUUGAACAGAAUGGAACAUAUUUAGUUGAUUAA